AUGGCGCGGGCGGCGGCCCCCUCGCGGGAGGACGCUGGUGGCGGCGCGCUGGGCCCGAGUGCGGCACGGCGGCAGCGCAGGCGUGCUAGCAAGGCUGGGGCUCGCUGGUCGGGGGACGUGCUCGUCCACGACCUGCAGCGGGCGGUCAAGUUCUGGAGAGGCAGCUACGAGAAGCUGGCGGCGGCGCUGGGAGACCCCUCCGUCGCGGACCACCUCGCGGUGGUGGCGGGGCACCUGCACGGCCUGGUCCACGACAAGGUCGCGUCGCCCGUCGAUACGCUGCGGAGGAACGUGGCGCUCCACUCGGCCGGCGCGCGGCUGCCCGCGGUCCCCCGGUUCCCCGCGCUUAACGGCGCGGCGGCGCCCUUCGUGCCGUGCCGCGGCUACUUCAUGGGCGACGUCAUGGGCGGCACCGUCGACAGCGCCGACGUCGGCCUCGUCAAGGGCGAGGUCGGCGGCGCGAGCGACGGCUUCGCGGUGAGAGAGCUGCUCACGGUCGACAGGCUGCUCGAGGGCCUCGGGGUGCGAGGCGACGUGGGCGCCACCACCGAGGUCCGUGAGGAGCUGGUGGUGGAGGAGUUCGUGCAGGAUGGUCUCGAGGAGCUGGAGGACGCGCAGUACCUGGGCGAGGUCGGGGGGCACGGCCCCACGGCACUGGGGCAGGGCGGCGUUUUCGGCGUGCUGUCCGUCGACGUGGACGGGUUCAGCGUCGACGGCACCGUCCCGUCAGCUCCUGCGAGCGACGCCGAGGAGUUCGAGGAGGAGGAGGAGCUGGAGGCCCACGUUUACGAUGACGGCGCCGACGGCCAGAAGCUGGCCGUGGUGCAGAGCCACGGCGACGUGGGCGCAGGCGGGGGCCUCUCGGACGGUGAGCCUGCAGGCAAGGACGGCGCCGUGGCGGGGAUCGAGGGGACGACGCGCUUCUUCGACUGGAUAAACGGCGAGGCGCUCCUCGGCCCCAACGGCCCCGUGGAGAAGGCCCACUGCCUGGACCGCGCCAGCCUCGACGCGCUGGUGGCCGCGUCCACGAUGCAGUGCGACGUAGUGGAGGUGCUCCGCUGGUGGGCGCUGGACAGGGCCAAAGACGACCACGCCGCGGAGCGCGACGGGGGCACAGACAAGGGCAUGGACAUGGACGAGUUCAUGCAGGCAGUACGGGCCGAGGCCCAAGGAGCAGACGGAGCGAGUGGGGUGUAG